AUGAGGACUGGGCGUUACCAUGGUAAUACAAGUGUACAAUGUUGCAGAUGGAGAAGUUUUCUCUUAUCGUUUGAUUCUCCUCAUUGGGGAGAUUGAAAACUCUACAGAUGAUGGUGCUAUCUGUGUUGAAAAUCGGAGCGAUUCGAACGAUAGAAAGUUGGAGUGGCCUAUCAUUGAGGGAUGUUUUAAAGUGCUUGUGUAUAUCCAACCAGGAAAAAACGUUGUUAGUUUGCAACACCAGACGGAAAUUUUGACGUUGAAUUUAGAAUAUCAAGAUCCUCAUUUUGUUCAUUUUGUCCGCCCAGUGUAUGUGUCAUGUGCUGAUGAUGACGGAUAUUUUCAAGGCCCGGAAUCGGCAGAUUGCUCACCAAAUAGUGCCAGAAACAGAAUUAUCUUUGGAGCAGAGUUAAUCCAGACUUUUACUGCUGAGAAAAUGAAGGAGCAUGGAUUCGGAAGAACUACUUUCCAGCUAGAAAAGGAUUGCCAUGGAAACCACAUCUGCCAUUUAUUACGAAGUAAAUUAACAUUAGAAAAAGCAUACUCCAUGUCAGGAAAUGAAUUGUGGACGUAUUUCGCUAAGGAAUUAAUGUCAUGUGACCUAACACGGAAAGAAAAGUGUAAAUGGUAUUGUUUUAUGUCGUUCACGCGUUAUGACCCCCCUGAUAAUGCAGAAAUUCCUAAAACUCACAGUGAAAUUUUAAAAUAUACUAAAGGUCACACUGCAUUAGGAGGUGGGGGUCUGGCGUUAUUUGGAACUGGAAACCUUCACACCUGGGCCGAGAGUCUGGAUCAACUUUAUUCCAAAUUCACAGACUGUCGGAAAAUAGAUCGAAGAAAAUUUAUGGAUGACAGUGCUUACAGGUCAGGAUAUUACUGGGCGAAUUACGCUACUGGACUUGGCGCAUCACUCCAUGAAUUAGGUCACACCUUCGAUCUUGCUCACACCUCAUCAGGCAUCAUGGCACGGGGUUUCGACGAUCUCCAUAAAGUUUUCACGAUUCAACGACUACGAGGUCGUCACAGUAGAGACAGUCAGCGUAACAGUAUCUCUAGAACGCCCUCUACAGGCAGCAUUGAAAGUGUCUCGUUAAUCAACAGUUUUGAAGGCCAGAGAAGAUAUAAGGAUGUCUGCUAUGGUAGUCCUUAUAAAAGGGUGAGUAUACAAUACAGUCAAGGGGUAAGCAUUUCCCUUAUUUGCACAAACCCCUAA